CUGUCUUCUAAUUUAUUUUUAUGUCUUGAUUAAUUGAGCUAUUCCUGCAAAGUUUUAUUCACUGAGUCAUUCUUGCAAAGUUUUUUACUCUCUUAUGACAAUUUUAAUCAUUAUUUAGCAUCAAUUAAAAUGCAGAAAAAGGCAGUGGGGUAUUGUGAUCUUAAUAUUCUUUCUGAUAGCAAAGAUCUCAAAAAAACAGUACUAGAAGCGUUACGAUUGGGCUUUCAAACCAUAGCUAUCAAUACUGUUGUUCAUACUGAACCAAGUUAUGAAGAAUCAAAAUCCAACAAAAAGAAAGAUUCUGGAAACAAGGGUGACCAGUGCAUUAUUCCAGCACCAACUCGUGUAUCUCUUUCUCCUGAUGACUUGAAGCAAUAUGGCAUUGCAGAAGAGCCUGUUCUGCUGUCAAGGCUCACACUUGUAUACAAAGACACAACUCGACCUUUUCUUCAUAAAGCUAAAGCUGCUAUAGAAGAAUAUGAUGUAGUUGCCUUCACCCCACUCUCUGAAGAGGCUUUCAAACAGGUGUGCCAGAGUUUGAUGUACGUGGACAUCAUCUGCCUUGACCCUGACAGUCAACUCUGCAGUUCAAAGCUGCCCAGAAACUUGUGCCGACUUGCUGUGGAGCGAGACAUGUAUUUUGAGCUGCAAUAUGGACCGUGUAUUGGGUCGCGCAACAUAUCGUCGUGGCAGAGCACAAUACGUCUGGGCCACCUACUCUCUGACUACAUCAACAGCCGCAAUGUUAUUGUUACCAGCGCCACCGCGUCACCAGAACCCAUCAGAUCGCCUGCUGAUGUGAUAGCCAUGGCCAGGUUUUUUGGAUUGAGUCUUGGUGCUGCUCACAGCUCGGUGUCUGCACUGUGCCAUGACACAGUACAUUGUGCAUUACAGCGCCGGGCUGGUGCUAAUAAGUGCAAUGUACUCAUUGAUUUUGGAGAUAACGUCUCCAAAGAUAAUGUGGCCAAUCGCAAAAAUGCUCCUAAACGGAAGGCUGGUGAAAUGCUUUAGUUUAUGUGUCGCUGCAGUCGGUGACUCCUGACUACACGAAUCUUUCCAACUAGUAAAAAUCUUCGAAUUAUCUGUUUUUCGCCAAUGACCGCUUAUAUUCAUCUCUAAUCACACAUUCUGUCUCCAGUUAGUUAAAAGUAAAUACCGAGAUCGUUAGAUAGUAUGGCUUUAACUCGUGGAUGUUGAAAAUUCUAAAUAACUUCCCCUCACGUGGAUCACAAACCUAAUUGGAAAUUCUUACUAAGCUUACAGCUCGGCUUUGUGA